AUGGCAGCUGCUGUCAUGCAACCACUUUCAGCCAUGACUCUUGAUAGAGAGAUCAUGGCUCCCUCUCCCAUCUCCAACAAUCAAUCUAGACACGGUAGAGGUAAACAUGGAGGAAGUAUCUCCAAUAAUAAGAAGACUCGUCAGAGAGGCUACAGCAUUAUUGCGGAACGCGACUCUACUAUCACUCGAGCCCUUACCAAGAUUCUCAAACGUUCAGUAGAACAAGACCAGGAACAGGGAGAGGACUCAGAGAAGCUUGCCGCUAGUUCUGAGGGCUGGCUCAAUUGUGCAAAAGUCCUCGAUGACCUCAAUUCCCUUGAUCUCAAUCUCUUAGAACUUCAAAACAUCAUUCAGUCUCCUUCUGCAAAAUCCCGGUUCACCAUAAAGUCGAUUACCUCAUCCGAAUCCGAGUCAGAAUCUCCAUCCAACUACCUCAUUCGUCUCAACACUUCUUCUACUCCCACAACCACCACCUCAACAAAUCUCUCCUCUAUCUCCCUUCAACUUCUCACCGCUUCCACCGUAGAUCUACCUGAUCUCGUCGUUUACGAAACCUCGUACGCAAACUACCCACUCAUUCUCGCUUCCGGAGGUAUCAAAAAAGCAGGCGGGCAAGCUCAUCUAGCAUUUUCUAGUAUCUCUGUCUCCUCUGAUGGGACCGAGGCUCGAACCUCUUCAUCCACUAGUAAAGACGAUGCAGAUGUGUCCAUCUACAUCUCUCUCAAAUCAACUCUUGAAUCUCACCCCGAGAUCAAAUGGUACAAAACCGGCAAUGGGGGAAUAUUAAGCGAGGGGGAUGAUGAAGGUGUUAUUAGUAAGAAUGUGUGGAAAAAGGUUAUUGCGAGACGAGCAGAUAUUGGGGUAUUGUUCGAGAAUGGAGUGGUGAAGAAGGAGGUUCCGGUUGGAUUGAGGGGAAAGGGUGUUAAGGGGAAGAAGGGAGGGAGGGGGAAGGGAAAUACUUGGAAUAAGGAAAUGAAGGAGAGGAGUGAGGAUGAGACGGAGUCGAAUGAAGAUUAA